AUGGACAAACUCAGGAAGAAAGCCCUGACUGUUUCUCGAGGAUACUCGUACACCUACUCUACGCACUUCCACGGAUCAUCAUCGUCAUCGUCAAGAGGUACUAUCCUCCUGCUGCAUGGCUGGCCUGACACCGCAUCAAUAUGGAGCACCUUCAUCGCCGACCAUCUCAUACCGCACGACUACAACGUGAUAGCCCCGGAUUGUCUAGGGGGUUCGUCGAGAGCGUCGUCUGUCUCGGCCACGACUGGGGCACGGGUCUCGCCUGCCGCCUGUACAACUUCCACCCUUCUCGUGUCGGCGGGCCCGUACUUUGCGCCGACCCCGGCGCCGUUCGACCUGGACGCCUUGAUCGCCGUGUCGCAGGAGCGGCUCGGCUACGGGGCGAUGUGGUACUGGAAGCUGUUCACGGCCGACGACGGAGCCGAGGUACUGAACAGUCACGUCGAGGGCAUAUGGACGAUUCUACGCGCCCUCCCGGAGACGUGGCUGGACACUCUGUGCGGCGGCGAGAAUGCCGUGCGCGAAUUCCUGCUUCGAGGCACCGCGAAGAAGGAGAAGAAGAAGAAGAAGAAGAAGGAGAAGGAGAAGAAGAAGAAGAAGAAGAAGAAGAAGAAGGAGAAGAAGAAGAAGAAGAAGAAGAUCAUCAAGAAGACGUUGGAGCUCAUGCCGUACGCGACCGAGGAGAGGAAGCAGGAGUUCAUCGACCUCGUGUCCAAGAACGGCUUCGAGGGGCCGUUGAGAUGGUACCGCGGUCUGACGUUCGGUGUCCAGGACGAGGCCAACAAGGAAGCGGCCGAGAACGACACUGUCGUCGUCGGGGGCGACAGAGACGUGCGCUGUCGAAUCGAGGACUUGCAGGCGCAGAUCGCUGCCGGUUUGCUUCCGCGCGCCGACGUCAGGGUCCUGAAGGGAAGCGGGCACCGGUGCACGUUAAGUGAUCCUACCGGGUUCGGAGACGCCGUGCUGGACUGGCUCGACGGUUUGCACGGUUGA